GGGGGGGGGGGGGGGGGGGGGGGGGGGGGGGGGGGGGGGGGGGCCCCCGGAAACCAGCGCCACAUUGAGCGCCUCUUCCCCCGGCAUGAUGACUUCUCCGAGAGACACAUCGGACCCGGGGAUAAGGAGAAGAGGGAGAUGCUGGAGACCCUGGGAGUGCAGAGUAUUGAUGAGCUGAUUGAUAAGACUGUUCCUGCAAGCAUCCGCCUGUCAAGACCACUGAAAAUGGAUGAUCAAGUUUGUGAAAAUGAACUUCUUGAAACGCUUCGAAAUAUAGCAUCAAAGAACAAGCUCUGGAAGUCCUAUAUUGGCAUGGGUUACUAUAAUUGCUCCGUUCCACAGGCCAUCUUAAGAAAUUUACUGGAAAAUGCUGGCUGGGUAACGCAGUAUACGCCAUAUCAACCGGAGGUGUCCCAGGGCCGUCUGGAGAGCUUGCUGAAUUAUCAAACUAUGGUGUGUGAUAUAACUGGGAUGGAUGUGGCCAAUGCUUCUUUACUGGAUGAAGGGACAGCUGCUGCUGAAGCCAUGCAGUUGUGCCACAGACAAAACAAGAGGAGGAAGUUCUAUGUGGAUAGCAGAUGUCAUCCUCAAACUAUAGCUGUCGUACAGACAAGAGCCAACUACAUUGGUGUCACAACAGAACUCAUGCUGCCACAUGAGAUGGACUUCACUGGAAAAGAUGUCAGUGGUGUUUUGUUUCAAUAUCCUGAUACAAAUGGAAAAGUGGAAGAAUUCACUCAGCUGGUUGAUAGAGCUCACCAAAAUGGAACAUUGGCUUGCUGUGCGACUGACCUUCUGGCACUGUGCAUCUUGAGACCUCCUGGGGAGUUUGGGGUGGAUAUAGCUCUGGGAAGCUCCCAAAGGUUUGGUGUACCACUUGGCUAUGGAGGACCACACGCGGCUUUUUUUGCUGUGAGAGAGAAUCUAAUUCGCAUGAUGCCUGGAAGGAUGGUUGGUGUCACAAGGGAUGCUGCUGGAAAGGAAGUAUAUCGACUUGCACUGCAGACCAGGGAGCAACACAUCCGAAGGGACAAAGCCACAAGUAACAUCUGCACAGCACAGGCUCUGCUAGCAAACAUGGCUGCUAUGUUCUGUGUGUAUCACGGUCCAAAUGGCUUAAAACAUAUAGCACGGAGAGUUCACAAUGCCACGUUGAUACUUGCAGAAGGUCUGAAGAGAGCUGGGCAUCAGUUGCACGAUGAGAUGUUUUUUGACACAUUGAAGAUACAUUGUGGGUGUCCAGUUAAAGAGGUUCUGGAUCGUGCUGCUCAGCGACAGAUAAAUGUUCGUGUUUACAGCGAUGGUUCACUUGGAGUGUCUAUUGAUGAGACUGUUAAGGAGAAAGACCUUGAUGACUUACUCUGGGUGUUUGGCUGUGAAUCCUCAGCAGAAUUGGUUGCUGAAAACAUGAAUGAGGAAAAAGGCAUCUUAGCCACCGCUUUUAAGAGGACUAGCAAGUUCCUUGCACAUCCAGUUUUUAACAGUUACCAUUCAGAAACCAAUAUUGUCCGCUACAUGAAACGGCUUGAGAAUAAAGAUAUUUCUCUCGUGCACAGUAUGAUUCCUUUGGGGUCCUGUACUAUGAAGCUGAACAGUUCAUCUGAGCUUGCACCAAUUACAUGGCUGGAGUUUGCCAACAUCCAUCCCUUUGUGCCCCUGGACCAGGCUCAGGGUUAUCAGCAGCUCUUCAGGGAACUGGAGAAGGAUCUGUGUGAAAUCACUGGAUAUGACAAAAUCUCAUUCCAGCCAAACAGUGGCGCACAGGGUGAAUAUGCUGGCCUGGCUGCCAUCAAGGCUUACCUGAAUGGAAAAGGUGAACAUCAUCGCACAGUCUGUCUAAUUCCAAAAUCUGCGCAUGGAACCAACCCGGCAAGUGCUCAGAUGGCCGGAAUGAAAAUUCAGCCUGUAGAAGUAGAUAAGGACGGAAGCAUUGAUUUGGCACAUCUGCGAGCUAUGGUAGACAAACACCAAAACAAUUUGGCUGCCAUAAUGAUCACUUACCCUUCCACCAAUGGAGUUUUUGAGGAGGGCAUAAGGGAUGUAUGUGACCUCAUUCACGAACAUGGAGGCCAGGUUUAUUUGGAUGGAGCAAAUAUGAAUGCCCAGGUUGGUCUGUGCCGCCCUGGUGACUAUGGCUCAGAUGUUUCCCAUUUAAAUCUGCAUAAGACGUUUUGUAUACCCCAUGGUGGAGGAGGACCUGGAAUGGGACCAAUUGGAGUGAAAAAGCAUCUGGCACCCUACUUGCCAAAUCACCCAGUCAUUGCACUUCAGGAUAAUGAUGGCCGGUCCUUGGGUACUGUAAGUGCAGCACCAUGGGGUUCAAGUGCUAUAUUACCCAUUUCCUGGGCUUACAUCAAGAUGAUGGGUGCAAAGGGACUCAAACAUGCCACAGAGAUCGCUAUUCUGAAUGCAAAUUACAUGGCAAAAAGACUAGAAAACCACUACAAAGUCCUGUUUCGAGGAUCUAGAGGUUGUGUGGCUCAUGAAUUUAUUCUUGAUGUAAGACCCUUCAAGAAAUCUGCAAACAUUGAAGCUGUUGAUAUUGCAAAAAGACUGCAAGACUACGGUUUCCAUGCUCCUACAAUGUCCUGGCCAGUGGCAGGUACUCUUAUGAUUGAACCAACAGAGUCUGAAGACAAAGCUGAGCUAGACCGUUUUUGUGAUGCCAUGAUCAAUAUAAGACAGGAAAUAGCUGAUGUUGAGGAAGGAAGAAUGGACUCCAGGAUUAAUCCACUAAAGAUGUCUCCACACACCUUGACAUGCAUUGCAUCUUCCAACUGGGAUCGACCAUACACAAGAGAAGUGGCUGCCUUUCCUUUGCCUUUUGUCAAGCCAGAGAGCAAAUUCUGGCCCACGAUAGCGCGAAUUGAUGAUAUCUACGGGGAUCAACAUUUGGUCUGCACUUGUCCUCCUAUGGAGGUGUAUGAAUCUCCAUUCACGGAACAGAAGAGGGCUUCUUCAUAG